AGAGAGAGCGAGAAGGACGCAGAAUGGCGGCGGUGCCGUGCUCCAAAUGCACGGCAGAAAGAAAAGGCUUCCGACGGGAACUUGACUCGUGGCGAUACAAGCUGCUCCACUGUGUCGGCUUUGAAAGCAUCAUAGAGGGGAUUUGUGGCUCCAUGUUGACAAGAGACCUCAACUUGUUUGAUGGCUGUGAACCCAAGCAGGUGGAUGACUGGUCCCCAGAAGCCAACUGCUCCUUCUGCAACCUCGCCCUGGACAAACUCAGUGAGCAAGCAACCGCGUCAGCCCUCUCCUCCCCCUCGGAUGGCUCUCCAUGUCUGGCCCCGACCAUGUCUGAGAGCAGCCAGACCGCUCACAGGUUCCUCCAGGCUGUGUUCCACAAGAAAGAUGUGUCCCUGGGCCGCGACUCCAACAUUCCUCAGAUCGCCCAGGAGCUAAUGAAGAAGAUGAUACACCAGUUUGCCAUAGAGUAUGCAUCGAAGUGCCUACUCCACACCACGCCAAUGGAUGUUACAACAAGGAUCUCCUCGCCUUUUUCCCAAACGCCCGAUGCCCCCUUGGACCUGACAGUGAGCCGACCUCAGGGCGAAGAAGAACUGCAAUCUAAAACUGAUGGCGUGCUUGACCUCUCCAAAAACAACGGUGACAGCUCCACAACAACUUCAUCAACAGCCAACAUAAAAGCCUCUGGCUGCCUACCGCCUUCAGAGGAAGAAGCAUCGAAAGAUAAACAGCGGAAGAAGCUUCAUAAGAACUCAGCACUGGAUGUUGUCCUUAGCUCUCUUUGCCCAGCACACUGUUCCCUACUCUACCAGAUUCUGAAGUUAGCUCACAAGGAAAGAUUUCUCUCCUCCCCUGACCGAGUCUUAACGGAAGCUAACUGCUGUCACCGUGGAGGGAAGAGCAACUCCUUCCACUCUUUGUGCGAUUGUGGUCAUCGAGGCUGCGGAAGCACAAUGUGCCAUCCGAGACACGCGAUACCCAAUCGUUGCAUUUCUAAAUUCCCGUUUAAGGACUAUCAAGGUGUUGCUCAAAACAACUACUGUAUGCAAAGGUGCAGAAUGGACACGUUCACUAUGAUUUGCCGCAAGAGUCUGCACUGUAUUUCUUGCCAAGGCCUGUCAGUAGAUCCCAUCCACGUUGUCUGUCCCUUUGAGUCUUGCGCUCCAAUCUGCUGCAAGAAUCACGACCCCCACUCUUGUUCAUGUGUUCCAAACCACACCUGUUCGACACAGCUGAAGAACACUCCAGAGACAGGAGAUGCAGAUCCCCUUUGUCCAGCUCUGAGAAGGCAGCAGAGCCCUUCGCCUCCCCCGCUUUCUCCAAUCCCCUUUGAUGUUGAUAAGAUGCCGGAUGAAAUGCCACCUUCCCUGCUUCACCAUACACAAGAUGAGGCGGCCCGAGUUCCAGACGCAGAAAUAACAAAUGAGAUAGAGUGCAGGAAGAACCGAAGUGGAACUUCACUGCAAGAUGUUGUCAAUCGCUUCAGUGAGAAACUUGACACCAUCAGACCGCCAGAGAGGAACCCAGCUCUGGCCUACCCAGCCAGCCAUCUGCCGGAAAAGGAGCAGCUAGAGUCCUCUUCCAUCAGUCAAAACUCCCAAUUUCACACAGACAGCCAUCUGACCGAAAUCAUCACUACUGUUCUUCACACACGCAGCGCCAGUGACUAUAACCUCAGCGAUCUGUUCAAUCGCCACGAUAGCCAAGAACCCAAGUCGCCCAACACACGCUUGCGUCGUCGCCAGGAAGUCCUGGCAGCUCUGGCGACACCAGCUGAUGGUACUACAACCCGAAGGCAAAGCCUGCAAAUUAAACGAGACCUUGCGAUGUAUGACCUUUCAUACAAUCGAAAAAAGGUUGCACAGGCAAGGAAAUCCCAAUUAAAAGAAGUGAUUGCAGUAAAUACAUCAAGCACUUUGUUGGACUCGAAUGUCAUUCACGAUGUAGCAGGAACUGAGUUGAAUAUGCACAAUCCAAGAGUUAUGGUGGUACCAUUAAGUAUCAACAAAAUCAAUGAUAAAAUACAAACAGAGGAAAGAUCUGCGAAUAAAAAAGAGCCAACCUCCCCAGACCUGCAGAGCAAAAGGUUUGAGGGCAAGGUUAAUGAUGCCAUGAUUCUUGAAAAUGCUAGCGGUGCCACUAAUAAAUGUAAUGAUAGACCAGAUAGAAGCCAUAAUACCAUUAAUGACAGUCAUCCAGACCAGACAUCCCCUGCAAAAGAGUCAAGGCGGUCCAGGAGGAACAUAGUCCCUCCACAACGAUUUGCCUCUUACGUCACAGAACCCAGGAAGAUGUUCUUCGUAGCUUGCUUCUCUGAAAGAGUCUUCAACCAGCAAACACACAAAGAAGAGGACCUCACAUCAACCACCUCCGAUGCCUUAUUGAAAAAUGUGCAUGUUGAGCAUGCUUCACUGCAGUCCUCAAAAGAGGACUCUUCCUCAUGUGACCUCCCCCAGGCUAAAGAAGAACACAGUACAUGCCAUGCAGAAUCAAAUGAGGAACCCCAAACUGUAGCACAAACAUCUCCAAAAAGACUAUCAGGCUCAAAUACUGCAUCAAGAAGACUCCAGUACUCAAAUGUGGGUAUGACUACCAGGUCUGCAACCUUUGCUAACACUCAUUGUGACUCUGCGGUCCAGUACACAAGCCCAAUAAAGUUAAUGUUUGUAUCACAGUUAAUAGACAAAGAAGGCGUCAGAUAUCGACUUAAAUCCGCAAAGUCUGGAUCAAUUGCACAAGUAGGGGAACCCUUUGACCCGUGCAAAGAGUCCUCCUGGGCUGGGACACGAGAGAAGAAGCAACAAAAAAAAGCAAAGCAUCAGUCAACUACCUCGCCUGGUAACACUGUACGUCCAUCUCCAAAGUCAGGUUCUACUACACCAGCGACUUCCCCUUCCUUGUCACUUAGGUCCGCUUCCCGUCUCAAAUCAGACUCGGUAGCAGACAACACUCUUUCCUUAUCACCCAAGUCUGCUUCCUCACCAACUGUGCCUCUCUCAUCUCCAUGUAAGUCCACCUCUUCCCCACUAAAGUCAGUUUCCGUGUCACCCAAGUCAGCUUCUUCUACUCCACUUAAGUCGCCCUCCUCGUCACCCAAGUCAUCAUCAGCAUCUGAUAAAUCCACUACUUCACCCAAGCUUGUGUCGUCAUCCCCUAAACUCAGCUCCGGAAGAUCAGGAGAAAGUAGUCCAGCUGAGAACCAAAGAUCACCAGGCGACUUGCAGUCUUUCCAUGAAACAACUCCCCCCAAAAGACGUCCAGGCCGGCCAAAGAAACUUGGGCCGCAUCUGGAGCAAAAAGUAAAGCGACCAAUCGGUCGACCGCGAAAGCAGAAGCCAGAAGAUGCUGUACUUGGGACGAAAGCAAACGUGCCUGAUGAAACUGAUGAGAAUGUCAAUAAGAACCUCAAAAUAACAGUAGUCUAUGGCCGUUCAAGAAGAAACAAACGAAUGGUUUCAGAGAGCUUUGAUAAACUUCAGACUGAAUUCCAAGACGUGUGGCAAGCAGCAAGUCUGAAAAACAGAUUGGGUGUAAUAAAAAAGUCUGAGAUCAACCUAGGUAGUUCUAAAAUGUGUUCAGUUGACCUCAGUCCAAUGAAAGAGACCAGGAGUGACCUUAAAUGCCAGAAAAGAGAUAAAGUUUUACCGUCAAGAAAACCUGGUAGACCUGCAAAAGUUAAGAUCUCUGGAAUCUCGGUAACUGUGACCACGGUGUCACCAAAGCAACGGAAGAUUUUGAUUGAGCGGUCUGCUGAGAGACAAAUGGAAAAGAAAGCACUCCUGCCAGAAUUCCAAACUUUAAAAGAGCCCAGGAAAAUUGGCAAACACUUGCAAGCAGAGGAACAAAGAGAACCCCAGAGUGUAAGUCAGAACCAACUGCCUAAUGAGCCGGUAGCUGUCCGUCAGUCAAAGAGAGUGAGCAAGCCCUCCAUCUAUUUCUUGCACGCCGUUGCCACCGCCACAACUAGAUCAUACAGUCACAGUAACGCUCUAUUACGGCGCUCCAAAAAACUUCUGCUCAACAAGGCCAGCCAAGAAAGGAAACAAGAAGAGAAGCAGAGUAGAAUAGAACGUUCUGGAAUGAAAAGGCAACACUGUGACCAAGAGAGGAGGAAAAUCUCUCAAGAACUUAACCGAGUGGCGGGUGUUUCUGUGGAAUCAAUCUUUGCUCCAGAGGAAGCAGUCCGCUGGUGGCCAGCGUCCGCUGAAGAAAAGACCUUGAAUCAUGAGCUCGCCAGACGUAUCCGCUUUUUCUCCAACUCCUGGGUCUCGAAGGCAGUGAAGAAACAUGAAGUAGACAUUGAAGUCAAAGUAGACACAGAAGAGAGCAAGUCUUCGGCGGUUCAAACGCUGUUCAACUGCAGCCCAAAUACACCCAGGACAUGUAGUUUGCCACAGCUGUGCUCCUGGUUCAUGCAAACCACAGAAACACAGUCCUUGGCCAUUGUCAAGAAGACAAGCUCUCGCAACCCCUACGAAGUCAUGCACUUCCCCCACUUGCUAAAUAAGCAAGGCGUCAAGCAUCAAAGUCCUCAGGCUGAACGGCUACACAGACACCUCAAGAAGUUCGCCAAGACUUUGCCCAAAAGCACCGUCCAGUUUGAACGAGCUAAAAGGAGAAGGGAGAAGAAAACGAAGGAGCCUCUGGCCAUCCGAAACAUUAAACGACGACUCUUCGUUACCAGGAUGGUGAGCCGAGGACGCCGUAGCCAAUACCAAGCCACACUACUUCGGGCAAGGACACGAUUCUUGUCCCCGCCAGUGAGAAAGAGGUGGGCACAAAAACAAAAACCUUCAUCUAGGUUAAAAUUGAAGGCGUCAAACCGACGAGCAGAAGAAGUCCAAUCCCAGCGAGACCCAAACAUCUCCUGUAACUCCCCGUGUGUACAAUCACUGAAGGAAUGCAGAGUGUUCUUGAAAAAAAUCGACAAAUCCCCCGAGGAGUGGGACUCUUGGCCUCUGAAAGCAAAUUCCAGGAAGUCCGCCUCUGCGUACGUGGACAGAGAGCUGCUCGGAGAUUUUAAAGCUGUGAAAACAAGGAGGGUGAAAGUCAACGGCAGGACUGCAGAUUCCGCACCUGAAUCGCUCCGGAUGCUGGAGAAUAAAACACCUUCGGGGAGGCAGAAGGAAGGUCCUCAUGAUCCACCACCAGCUAAAAGGCUGCGACAAUCGCGGAUGAAGGGCUUAAGUGGACCAAGGUGGCGCGACUUUGUCUUGGGAAACUAGCUGGCCAAUCACCUUCCUUCCUGCCUUCCUUCGUGCCUUUGGAGCCAGCUGAGCACCACCCGGUGGACGUGACGCUCCACCUCCGAUAAAAGACGACACGCUGCACUAUUUUGAUAUGUCCUGCUUUUGUAAGGAGAGACUGGAGUUAACACUUUGUUCCCAACAACACCCGCACUGCUGAAAGUAUGUCACCCAGCAUUAGUUUUGCACCAUCCCAACAGCUACUGUAAGUGACUUCAUUACUGACACGUGUCUCUAGAGCCAUAAUGUGACUUGGAACAAACUGCAUUUACUUGAUAGCAUGUGGGGGGGGGGGGGCAUCUGAAUGUUCUCAACUCCCGUUUCCACGCCUAGUGUCGUAAUGAGCUAUAAAUAGGCGUGGAUGUAGCUAAUGUCUUUUUUUUUUUCUCCAUUCUGCAGUCGCCCGCCUCCAAACCUCACAAUAUUUCAGGUCCCACAAUCAUUUUGAGACAUAAAGCACAGGCCUAAAGUUUGUUUUCUUUAUUUUCAUGACUAUUGACAUUGUAGAUUGUCACAUCAAAACUAUGAAUGAACACAUGUGGAGUUAUGUACUUAUUAACCUCUUAAGGCCCAAGCUGUUCGUUUACAUGCUUUUCUUUAUUUCUCUUUGCUAUUUGGGCUUAUUGGACCCUAAGUAGAAUGAAAACUAAGAAGCAUCUUUUCAUAUGAUGUACUUAGUCCAUAAGUACACAAAUGUGUACUUCAUGUUUAGUGACAUGCUAAUUCUUAUUUUUACACUUUUUCCGCCAAAUUCCAUUGUAUGUUAUACUCUUCUGACACCACCAGAUGGCAGUAUAAGUGUCCACAUAAGUGGCCAUAAGACCCCAAUUCAGUAGUGUACACAAUUUUGGAAGUAAGAGCUAAAAAGGUGCUGUCCACGCAUGUGGCCACUAAGCCUUUAGAGGUAACAAAAAAAAGGUGAAAUAACUGAAAACAUGUUUUAUAUUGUAGUUUCUUCAAAAUAGCCACCCUUUGUGCUGAUUACUGCUUUGCACACUCUUGGCAUUCUCUCCAUGAGCUUCAAGCACACCUGUGAAGUGAAAACCAUUCACCUCUUGAAGCUCAUGGAGAGAAUGCCAAGAGUGUGGCUAUUUUGAAGAAACUUAGAAUAUAAAACAUGUUAUUUCACCUUUUUUAUUGUUAAGUACAUAACUCCACGUGUUCAUUCCUAGUUUUGAUGUGACAAUCUACAAUGUAAAUAGUCAUGAAAUGACUAAACUUGAACUGUAUUUACGAUAGCAUUAAAAGUUUUUUGUUUCUAGCAUCAUGUCCUGUUUUAAAAGCGGUCUUGUAUUUUUGCGGACUGAGUGAGUGAACACUAAGUCUGUGGUUUUAAGUAUCGUGUGUGUGGUCUUGUGGUGGCGGACAAAGAACCUGCUCACUGACUUUGGUGCUAAACUUCUGUCGUGUAUUUUUUUUCCUGUCUUUUUAUACUGCUGCAAGUGUGACGGCUGUUUGGACCAAUAAAAAUGUGGGUUUUUUCA